GGCAAAACCUUCCCUAGUAAAUUAUUUAUGUUAUUCAAAAUAAGGAAAAAAAAUCACACAAGCAUUACUGUAAUAUCAUAUGAAAUCAGUGGUAAUUAAUUGCGUCCAACUAUAUAAAUACAUAGCUCCAGCCACAUUCAAAAAUCCGAAUAAUAUUGCGUUUCAGAUUUUUCUAGGGUGUCGUCUCGUCCUCAACAAAGCCACAAGAAUUAUUUUCUUCCGAAUUAUUGGACGUCAAUUGUGAUUUCUGGGGAUUAUUGGUUCAUAAAGUUUGAAUCUUGUUAUUCCUAGAGUAGAUGAUCUAAUGGAGUCUAAAGGUGGCAAGAAGUCCAGUAGUAAAUCCUUAUUCUACGAAGUGCCCCUUGGAUACAGCAUUGAAGACAUUCGACCAAACGGUGACAUCAAGAAGUUUCAAUCUGCUGAAUACGCCAAUUGCGCUCGAAGACCAUCCUGACAUCCCUAACUGGUCUUUGGAGCACGUCAUUUGACGUGCAAAAGCAAACUGUUAAUUAAUUAGUUUUUCUUCUCAAUUCCAGUUCUCCUGUUCUUUGUUCUUCGAUUGCCUUCUUAUUUGCUGUCUUCAGCAUUGAAGAAAAUCUUGUUCCUGUAAUGGCUAUGCCCGCCUCUGCAAUUGGUUUUGAAGGUUUUGAAAAGAGGCUUGAAAUUUCAUUCUUCGAGCCAAGCCUCUUUGCUGAUCCUGAAGGAAAGGGACUUCGAUCUCUUUCCAAAACUCAGUUGGAGGAGAUUCUAGGUCCUGCUGAGUGCACAAUAGUUGAUUCACUUUCGAAUGAAUACCUAGACUCCUACAUUCUCUCCGAGUCUAGUCUCUUUGUUUAUCCUUAUAAGAUUAUCAUCAAAACUUGCGGUACAACCAAAUUGCUUUUGUCCAUCCCGCCCAUACUGAAGUUGGCUGGCUACCUUUCUCUUUCAGUAUUGACUGUGAGAUAUACCCGUGGGAGUUUCAUUUUCCCGGGAGCUCAGUCAUAUCCUCAUCGUAGCUUCUCCGAGGAAGUGUCAGUCCUUGAUAGCUAUUUCAGGGAACUUUCCUCAUGCACCAAGGCUUAUGUUAUGGGUAGUUCUGACGAACAAAAAAAAUGGCAUGUUUAUUCUGCCUGUGCUAGAGGUGCUAAAUCUUAUAACCUUGCUUGCACUUUAGAGAUGUGUAUGACUGGUUUGGACAGGGAUAUGGCUUCUAUUUUCUACAAGAAGGAGUCAAGCUCAGCAGCUCUGAUGACCAACGAGUCAGGUAUAAGGAAGAUCCUCCCGGCAUCUGAUAUAUGUGAUUUUGAGUUUGAGCCAUGUGGUUACUCCAUGAAUUCCAUUGAAGGCACUGCACUGUCUACCAUUCAUGUUACCCCUGAGGAUGGGUUUAGUUAUGCUAGCUUUGAAGCAGCCGGUUAUGAUUUCAAAGCUAUGAAUCUGGGUUUUCUGAUUGAUCGGGUUUUGGCAUGUUUCAAACCGAUGGAGUUUUCUGUUGCUCUGCAUGCUGAUUUUGGUUUAAAGGUACUUGAUCACACAUGCCCCCACGACUUGAAGGGAUACUAUAUUCAAGAGAAAAACUACGAAGAGCUGGGAAUGGGUUCAAUUGUCUACCAGAAGUUUGUCAAG